AUUGAAACCCUGAAACCUUAAUAAAAAGAGAGCCCCUCUACAACAUUUUAAUACACACACUAAAUACAAUACCUCUCUCUCUUAACUCACUGUCAUUAUGUUCGCGCCGCCAGUCGCCGCCGCGUCCUCUGUCAAAAUCCCGCCGUGUCCUGCGGUCGUCGAACAAUCGAAGGAGAAAGCCCUUUUCUCCGAAUCAACCCUGAGCCAACUAAGCUUCCCGAACGAGUUCCCUUACGAGUUCGAAUCCUCGACAUUUCCCUCCGCUUUCACCGCUCCAGAAGACUCAACGGGGACCGAAGAUGAAACAACAGACGACGAAGAUGACUUCCUCGCCGGGUUAACUCGCCGACUCGCCCUCUCGACUCAGCGCUUCCCUUCUCCUCCUUCCUUCGUCACAGACAAGGCUGAGGUGAAACCUGCGAAUUCGACAGAGUCAGGACUGAGUGGACCCGGAAGCUGCACAUUCUUCGGGAACAUAAGUCCCAAUGGUCCUUUUUCUCAAGCCCCUUCGCCGCCGACAUUCACAUUUCGUAAAGAAGACUCUUUGAGAGUGAUAUCGGCGGCGGCCGGAGAAGUCGCCAAGAUCAAAAUGGCGAAUUUUGAUGCGAAACCAAAACCCAUCAGCCGCCCUGACCCCAGCCCUAAGUCCUCCUCUGUAGCCGCCGCCUUUCCUCAGAACGCGGCGUUUUACGACUACUACUGGAAGCCGCAAAACCAUCACUACCAUCCCGCUUUGAACUCCUCUCCUUACCCCGUUAGAGGCGCUUUCGCCGCUCCAAACGCCGACAAAAAGCCGUCUGCUGGAACCGGCGUUUUCCUUCCGAGGAAGUUCCCAGACACUUCCGAUUCCCAGAAGAAAGCAGGAGGUAGAUGUGCUAGGGUUCCGACAAAGGUGAAAGCCCCCAAAACUGAAAAACCCUCCGGUCGGUGUCAACCACAGUCGAAAGCUCGUCUUUCUACAGGAGGCAACAAAAUCGUAUCUGGUGGCUGUGUCAAGGAAGAAAGGCAUCAUCUUCCACAAGAAUGGAAGUACUGAGUAAAUUAGGUUCUGUAGGAUUCAGGACUUUUGAAAUGAUGAGAAGUGGCAGCAGUAUAGUGGGUUAAUUUAUUGUUGAGAUUGUGAUGGUUACUGGUUACAGUAAAGAGUAAUUGUGUGUGGGGGGUGAUUAUUAGUUUACCAGAAUAACUUUUGGAUCGGGAGGAGUGUUUUCAUCUUCUCUUGUUUGGGUAUAAGGUUUUAUGUUUUUGUAGUUAGUACACAGCGAAAUUCAAAUGUCAUCGUGUUGUAGUGAAACAACAUAGCAAGAAAACUAUAUGUAACUUUUUGUUUUGUGAUUUAAUGAAGCAAAAGUUGUAUUGAAGCAAAGUUGUAAUGGAAAAGAUUACACCUGAAAGUAUUUCCCUG